GGUGACAUCAGCUGGCGAGCAGCCUGGCAGCAGCGCGGCGCAGGCAGGGAGCAGGCAGGGAGCAGGCAGGGAGCCCGGGGUGUGUGCCUUUGAGCCGGGUAUUCUGGCAAGGUGGAGAGCUGCUCUGUUUGGCAGGACCUUCCCAUCUGGGAUCCAUCUGUGUUUCCCUGGAACCGGACAGGCGGCUCCAGGCAGUGAGAAAUCGCAGAUGUGCGGGACCUGACACAUGUCCAGCUAAUGAAAGGAGAAGGCAGGCUGGGCUCCGGCUGCGCUCGAAGAUCGGGGAGGAGGAAGAGCGCUUUUAUUUAUAUUUCAAAGCAACUAGGUGUAUUCAACAGCAGCUGGAUCCUUGCAGCCGUGCUGUUUAGGUUGCAGGUGAGAAGAGGGUGCCAGUGAUGCCCGGAUCGCCCGUGGAAGUGAAGAUACAGUCCAGGUCCUCUCCUCCCAACAUGCCGCCGCUGCCCCCCGUGAACCCUGGUGGCCCCCGGCCGGUGUCCUUCACCCCAACUGCAUUGCCCAAUGGAAUAAACCACUCCCCCCCAACUCUGAACGGGGCACCAUCCCCACCCCAGCGCUUUAGCAACGGUCCUUCCUCCUCCUCGUCCUCCUCGCUGACGAACCAGCAGCUCCCAGCCACGUGCGGCGCCCGGCAGCUCAGCAAGCUGAAGCGAUUCCUCACUACCCUGCAGCAGUUUGGCAAUGACAUUUCCCCUGAGAUCGGGGAGAAGGUCCGGACCCUCGUCCUGGCAUUAGUGAACUCAACGGUGACAAUUGAGGAAUUUCACUGCAAGCUGCAAGAGGCAACAAACUUCCCCCUCCGGCCAUUUGUGAUCCCCUUUCUGAAGGCCAACCUCCCGCUGCUGCAGAGAGAGCUGCUGCACUGCGCCCGGGCUGCCAAGCAGACGCCGUCCCAGUACCUGGCACAGCACGAGCACAUCCUGCUCAACACAAACACCACGUCCCCCACGGACUCCUCCGAGCUGCUGAUCGAGGUCAAUGGGAAUGGGAAGAGGCACAGUCCAGACAGAAGGGAAGACAGCAGCUUUGAGAGGGAGCCGCUGCCAACGGAGCCUCCGGCCAAGCGGGUGUGCACCAUCAGCCCCGCGCCGCGGCACAGCCCUGCCCUGACCAUCCCCCUGAUGAACCCGGGGGGGCAGUUCCACCCCACCCCGCCGCCCCUCCAGCACUACACCUUGGAAGAUAUCGCCACCUCCCACCUCUACAGGGAUCCCAGCAAGAUGCUGGAGCACAGAGAGAUGCGGGACAGGCACGGCGGUCUUGGUUUGAAUGGCGGAUACCAGGACGAGCUGGUGGACCAUCGCCUAACUGAGAGAGAGUGGGCUGACGAGUGGAAGCAUCUCGAUCACGCACUGAACUGCAUCAUGGAGAUGGUGGAGAAGACCCGGCGCUCCAUGGCCGUGCUGCGGCGCUGCCAGGAGGCCGACCGGGAGGAGCUCAACUACUGGAAGAGGCGAUGCAGCGAGACGGAGCCGCGCAAGGGCAGCGAGCUGGGCUCCCGGCAGCACAGCCCCAGCAGCUCCGACUCCAUCGGCAGCGAUUCAUUGCGGGAGUUCAGCAGCAGGUCGGGAACAGGCUACGUCACUGAAGAGAUAUGGAAAAAAGCUGAAGAAGCCGUGAACGAGGUGAAGCGCCAGGCCAUGUCGGAGGUGCAGAAAGCGGUGGCGGAGGCCGAGCAGAAGGCGUUUGAGAUGAUUGCCUCCGAGAGGGCUCGGAUGGAGCAGACCAUCGCGGACGCCAAGCGCCAGGCCACCGAGGACGCUUUCUUAGUGAUAAACGAACAGGAGGAGUCUACGGAGAGCUGCUGGAACUGCGGUCGCAAAGCCAGCGAGACGUGCAGCGGCUGCAACAUCGCCCGGUACUGCGGCUCCUUCUGCCAGCACAAGGACUGGGAGAGGCACCACCGAAUCUGCGGGCAAGGCCUGCACGGCCAGAGCAAACCCCUGGCUCUGCCCGCCGGCCGAUCGGCCGCCAAGAGCCUCGACGGCAUUCCCAGCCCAGCCCUCGAGAAGACUUCGGCAACCACCUCCCGCUCCUCCACCCCAGCAUCCGUGACAGCAAUAGAUACAAACGGGCUCUAAAGGGCAGGUUUUGGUUCAGUCCAUUUGAUUAGCUUCCCUGGGUUUUUUUCUUUAAGCUGAAAAAAGAAAUCCACAGCAGUUUGUAUCACUUGACACGUUUGACCCAUCGCGCCACCUCCUCAGAGCGCAAACACUUGGGCUUCGCCGUCUCAUUCUGCAUUUUUUCUUUCGUGGCUUGUGAAGAACUGGGCCGGCCUUGCCUGCAGCACCUCCGUGCUGGUCUCUGCAGGGGGACACCGGAGCAUCAUUCGGGUACCAGAGCAUCGUUCAGUUAGCAGAGCAUCAUUCAGGACACUCGCUCGGGGAGCCUGGACUCGGUGGAGAGCGCUGCCAGCACACACAGGAGAUGCUGUGCCCCAUCCUUGCAGGUCAGACGUGCUUAGGCUCCUUUCCUGAGGUGUCUGAGCCGCCUCCUCCUCCUCCAGCUACCUUUCUUCCAUAAUAUGCAUCUGUAUUUUUCCCUGGCUCUCGGAUGGCCGUGCUGGCUGGUUGUUGCUGUGGACAGACCGAAGCUGAUUUCCCAACAGGAGCAUCUUGUUGUCUAGUGCAAUGGCAAAAGCUGAGCCACUUCUCCUGCCUGCAGGAUGGUGGCUGAUGAUUGCAAAGAGAGAGGAGAGGAUUUGCCUGCUCUAAACCAAAUGUCAGUACCAGGGAGGUACAGCUGGUCACUUCUGGACGACCUGGUUUUAAUCCCAUUCUGUGAUGGGACAGACAGUUGCAUGUGACCCUGGAUGGGACCUUUGCUGGGGGGAAGCGCAGAGCAAGUCCAGAUUGGUUGCAGGUGGUUGUUGCCCUUCCCACCUGGGUACUGUUACUUUGCUAUGCAGAAAGCGUUUUGUUUGGGGUUUUUUUCGCUGCAUGGAAGCUGUUGGUUUUAGAGUUACUGCCGUUGUUUUUAACCACAGAGAUCCUCUUGCGAUCGCGAUGGAUUCUUCAGAGCCUGUUCUUUCCAUGUGUGUUGGCCAAACUACUUAAAAAAGAAAUGCAGGACUUGGUGUCCUCCAUUGGCUCUUCCCCCAGCCCCGGGUGUUCCUGCAGUGCUGCUCCCACCCCGGCUGGGGACCCCCAGCCCCCCCAGGGCCGUGGUGCAGCCAGCACCUUGUCCGGCCUUCGGAGACCGUCCCAAACCCGCGGGCUCAGAGCGCGGUGCUGCGAGGUCGCCCCGCUCAGCGUGGGGACAUCCACCGCUCAGGGAACGGGGGACUCGGAGCUGCACAAACCCUGUGAGGUGAGUGACACCGACUGCAGAAGGGCUGUUUUGGGGUGUGGGGGGCUCGUCUUGGUGCUUCAUGGAGGCGCAGCCAAGGGAUGGACAGGCACACGUGCUCCGUGUGGCCACAGCGCUUACCCACGCCACACACAACCCGGCUCUGGAGCACCGUCUAUUCAGCAAAGCUGUGGAUCUGCGACUGGGUGCGUACGAUUGCUGGGCUGGAGCCCAAUGAGGCGAGUCAUUCUCAAAUUGUUUUGAUCACUUUUUCAAUUGGAGGUGUAUAAUGGAGAUUUAAUGAGUCGUCACGGAGUUUGCAGCGGUCUAGCUGGCUGCCCAGGGACAAACGAGCGACCCGCUGACCAGCAUGUCCCUUAGGGAGAGCUGUUCCAAAAGCUGUCGUCAUGGGACAGAGGGCAAUUCCUGCGUCUGCAAGGUUUUAUUAUGCAAAAAAAGCCACGUCGUCGCCUGGUGUUCAACACAGCUCUUGUGUGGCAGUUGGGGUGAUCUCCUGUGUCCCCCAGGAGCUGGUGCUGCAGCAGAGCCCUCGGCACGAACGCAGCGCCUGGAGCCCAGCACCACGGGGUGCAGCCCUGCUCCGGGGUGUCACCCAGCCCGGGAAAGGUGUCACCAAGCCUGGAGGUGAUGGAGGCAGCAGGUGCAGCCUUGCACUGCCCAGGCACCAGCUUAGAAACCUCAUCUGUGCCCGGGGCUGCAGCGGGGAGGAGGAUGCAGGAGUGGGGGCAGCACCUUUGGGCUCCCCCAGGCAGCGGCUGCCCUUGCACCCCCAUCCCCAGGAUCUGAAGGGCUUUUCCUGCCCUGAGGGGACACGGACACAUUUGGAGCAGCCUCAGGUAAAUAAAGUCCAGUUGCAACGUCCCGGUCCUGCCUAUGCCGUGUGGGUCAGCGGGGCCACGAGGUGGGAUGGGGAAAGGGCAGGGCCGGAAGAAAUUGCUUGUAAAUAGAUUGUCUUCCAUAAUUCUCAUGCAACUUUGGUGGCCGUGUACUAAAAUUAACCCCAGUGUAAAUGAAUGAAAAACUAACAGUGACGAUUAGAACAAUUGCCUUCUCUUUUUUUUUUUAACAUGGAAUGAUAAAUGUGAAAUUUGGACAUGGGAAGACAGUGGGUUGAGGUUUCUAUUUUUUUUUUUUUUUGACAUUUAAUUCAGUAAUAGAAAUUUGUUACUUCAUUCCUGUGCAUAACUUAUUUAAUGUACUGUAUAAAGGAACCCAAACUGUUACAGAUGUAUUUAGUUUGUUCUACUCAAAAGUAGUCAAUAAAAAGACUAUAUUCAUCA